AUGGCCAGUUCUCAGAAGAUUUCGGUGGAAAACAUAGUCUUGUUUGGGCGUACAGGGAACGGAAAGAGCGCCACCGGGAACAGCAUCGCCGGCAAACAUGUGUUUGUAUCGAAACCACACGCAACUGGCGUUACAAUGGAAACCAAGUCAACGCUAGUUGAGAUACAAGGAGGCCCCAAUCUCCGAGUGAUUGACACUCCAGGUCUACUUGAUCUGACGUCGUCGGCGGAUUACAUAAGCAAAGAAAUCGUUAGCUGCCUACAUCAAGCGGAAGGAGGCUUGCAUGCUGUUCUCUUGGUGAUUUCGGUGAGGAACCGAGUUACCAAAGAGGAAGAGUUGGUACUUAGUACCUUGGAGGUCCUUUUCGGGAGUAAAAUUGUUGAUUAUCUUAUCGUUGUUUUCACCGGCGGGGAUGAGUUAACCGAGGAUGAGGAAACCAUUGAUAACUAUUUGGAUGGUUGCCCUGAAUUCCUAACGAAACUUCUUGUUGCGUGCGACAAAAGGCAGGUCGUGUUCGAUAACAAAACCAAGGAUGAUGCGACCAAGAAGAAGCAAAACCAAGAGCUUCUCAAACUUGUCGAAAUGGUCAGAAAGCAUACCAAUAACAUUCCGUAUACCGAGGCCAUGUACCUAAAGAUUAAGGAAGAGAAAGAUAGACACGAGAAGGAACACCAGGCUGCUAAAGAUAAAGGGCAUUCAUCAGAAGAUAUGCAAGAAUUCAUGAAGGAGUUACUUCUACUGAACCAACAGAACCUCAAGGCCAUUUCAGACAUGAUGGAGAAAAAUAUGAGGAUUGUUACGGACGCUCAGGAGAAGAUCUUUGCGCAAAGAGAUUUAGCAGAGGAGAAGCUGCAUGAAGCGGACGAGGGGAGACAUAGAGCGGAAAUGCAUGAUGUGCUAGCUCAGUUGGAUAGCCAGCACCGUGCAGAAAUGGAAGCGCAAAUGGCGAAAGGUCAUGGGUGCAACAUUCUCUGA